AUGGCGGAACAACAAGGAGGAGCUCUCUCCGCGCAACAGAAGAAGAACAACGUGUUGGGUAAAGGGACGAUCGUUCCAUCCGCGGAUGAUUUAGAAAACCCAGUGAGGAACGAAAAUCCAGCCUUGUUAAAACACAUCCAAAACGGUGCGAAGGAUGAGAGCGAACAGACGAAACGAUUGAGAAAGUUGCACAAAGUUUUGAACGUGCACGGACACUUGAAAACGGUGGCGGAUAGAAAUCCCGAUUCGGGCUACUUUGUCGUUGCGUUUGCGUUUAUCAUUUUGUGGAUAGGUGUGUAUGUGAGACAAACGGUGGACCACGUGAACCAGGUGCGCGCUCAAGAACGCUUGGAAGCGAGAGCGUUGAAUAACAAGUUAGAGAGGAAACAGUUCGCGACAGGUAACACCGGGGAUCGUGUUGCGGACGAUAUAGCCCUCCGAUUCGAAUUAGAGGAAGCAAAGAACGAAGCAGAAAAGCUCAGAAGACAGUUGAAUGAAAGAGAUGGAUCGAAUAGCAAAGACGCAAACGUCUCCUCUUCAACUUUGAGCGAAAGAGCUGCGGCGACGUUAGAUUUUAUCAAACGAAAAGAUUGA